UUCGCGUCGUUGCUUGUCCAACCGCCCAUGAUUUCACAAUUCACGCCCCUUCACUUAUCUUCAAUGGCAGGAUCCAACCUGAAUACUUUUCGCCCGCUUUUCAUGUCGCAUGAUGGCCUCACCACCGGCGAAGCGACUAAAGCUUACCGGCUAUGAUCCCUACGACGAGAGGGACCCAAGUGACGAAGAUGAAGGUGACGAGUUGGAGUUGGAACCGGAGGAGGUGUCUGAGAUGAGACACCCCGACUUUGUUCUCGAAAGGAAGCGAGCACGAGCUGUGACGCGAUAUGAACAAGCGAUGGCUGGGAUUAUCGCCAAAUACAGCCGUGACUUUGAGGACGUGGGCGAUGAGCUGGACCUCAAUACAGGAGCAAUUGUCGUCGACCGUGGCCAUCUCAGAAACAUGCGAUAUGACACUGAUCUCGGCAUGGAGGACGAGUCAGGUGGAAAUGAGUGCGAGGACGAGGACGAGGGCGUACUUUUGUGCGAUAUAUCCGACGAUUGGGGCGACCAGGCAGCUGUUGCAACUCAACAGGCGGACAGUGUGUUCUUGGGAGGGCUCGAAACUGCGUCAUCAGUAUCAGAAAAAUGCCUACCAAACCAUACCAUGCAAAGGCCAAAGCCUCGGAAAGGUCGACCUGGAAAAUCCGCGAAAGACUUCGAGGCAAUAUCAAUCUGGACACCCGAGGCCGACGACGAAGAUGACUGGGUGCCCUAUCCGAGAAGACGGAAGAGCACAAUGGGGGCAUUGCGCAGAGCCAUGGCGAUGCCAAACAUUGCCGAAGACGGUUGGGUGUCUGCCACCGACCGGGACGCAGGCUCCGAUACUGGGCUUGACGAAAACCCCGAUAAUCUCAUGACAAAUGGCAUGAAAUCAGAUACGGAAUAUGCACUUGCAAGCAAACCGUAUCAACCAACCAUGCAGACCCGGGUGGCGGAUAGCACUCACGUUUCACGGAAAGAUGCAUCUUCGAAAUCGAGACGGGUCAUGAACAAUCGCGCACAGUCCCCCUCUGGGUCCCCGCCUGUACCAGACACCAAUGGAGAUAUGGUCGAGGAUGGGUACCAGAACUCCGCAGAGGACGAUGUACAUGCGAAUUUAGCAAGCUUCCGUCGAUCGGGGAGAGAACGAAGACAAGUCGAGUUUCUGGGCAAGGUAGCGUGGCCCAAGCGCAAGGAGCGAGAAAGCAAAGAUGCCAUUGACAUCGCUCCGAGGAGUGACAACAUUGGCGAUUCUGAAUCCAACAAGCGAGAGGUCGACGCUCUCGACAUGAACGCGACAAAAGUCGCUGGCAACAAUGAAGGCCCCGAAGAGCCUCACGACUGUAACGCAAGCGCUGCGCAUGGUGACUUGGCCGGGUCGUCUUGCUUCGUGAUUGCUAUUCCGGCGCGAGUUCGUUGCGACGAAUACCAACAUGUUGAAGAUAUACCGGACGACCCAACCCUCCCUACGCCGCCUGAGUCUAGUCAUGAGGCAUCAGAGGUUAAUAUGGGACAUAAAGAUGUCUCUGUUGAGCGAAUGACCAUCCCUGAUUCCGAGUCUGAGCCUAUGUCUGUUUUAGACGAGAAUACACCCCAACCGCCUACGAUUCCAUCCCCAGCAAGCAACUUGCUGGCAACGGAAUGCGACUCGCCUGCAUCAGCCAUUCAGAUCUCAAACGAUCCCGCGGAUUCAGUGGCAGAUUCAAUAAGGGCAGGUUUGAUCAAUCCCCUACCGAUCGAGACGACCGUUCCGCUGGUGGGCAGGUCUAAUACAGGCGAACGGCGGGCUGAAAGAACCCAGAGCUUCUCUGAGCCUGGGUCUGAGGAGGCUGGGGCUUCUGCGAGCGAACAGUCCCUUGCACAAGUCCAGAUUCAUACAUCUGCUGAUCAGGAGCCUGACAAUAUUGAUGCAGAAGUUGGCUCCGUGGAUACUGUCAAGAGGCAUGAACAAGACGGCUUCAACACCCAGUCCCCAGAUCCACAGUGCUCAUUGUCAAAGUCUGAGUUUGUGGAGGGGCCAACGAGUCUGACGCAGUUUCAACCCGAAAGUUCUACGCUUACCUGCACUGAGAGAGAGCCAUGUGACGCCUCUGAGUCAGACAUGAGCCCCUCGACUCAACCUACGAAUCCAGCAGCUCCUCCAUCGAGGCCUGACUCGACUUCGGGCUAUUCACCCGAUGCAGCGGAAACGUCCGUAACCCAAGCUGCUGAAUCUGCGAUCUCGACGCCUAUAGUUCCGCGAGAUCACGGCGUGACAGACCAAGAUCUGGCGGACCCAGGAAGGACUGAUAAGACCAUGGAGAACGACGACACAAGCCCCAAUUCAGCCAACAAUGCGCCGGCUGGCGAGCCGAGCAAUGCCACCCUGGAAACCGGCACGUUUCCAGCUCGCCAGAAACGGGGCCGACCAAGGAAGAACCAGUCACUUUCAAUCUACAUCAGCAAUGACAGUGAACCCGAUGCGGCAUCGUUAUCUACUGGGCUAGAAGUUGAGCCUGAGAUUCCGCCGCCAUCUGAGCAAGUGCAAAAACGCAAAAGGGGCAGACCGAGAAAGUCUUUGACUAUCCCGGAAGAGGAACUGCCUCAAACAACACUGUUGGAAACUCCGGUUGACUCGACACCGCUCAUUGAGCCAGGCGCGGAGCCUACGCAUGACAUUGAGACAAUGUCGAAUGGCACUCCCGAGCAGUGUGAACCCACGACAGAGGAUGUCCCAACUGCUGCAGCUGAUGUCACUGAAGCCCCAAAUGUCGAAGGUACCGAGACUACUGUAGGAGCACAAAAUACCAUCUCGGAGGACGACACAGCUCCCAUCGUUGAUGCCGAGAUCAUCAAUGACGUGGAUGUUGGGUCUGCUGCCGAAGCGCAGCCCGACCCAUUUCUACCACAACUCCAAAUCAAAGAAGACGGUCUACAGCAGACCAUCGCCGACUCCGAUGACCCGCCUCCCUUCCCAACAGAUAAUUCCGAAGGCCCAGACACAGCGCAGCCACAGCUGCCACCUCUCGAGUUGUCUCCAGAGCCCAAGAAGACGCUGGAACCUGGCAUGGAAGCCAACCAUCCUAAGCUUUCUCGCCAGUCAGACGUUGCAUCGUCAAGUCCGUCACGAAGACUCAAGCGCCUAUCCCUAGCGAAACCAUCUACACCCCGGCAUCGUACGAUCAAGAAGAUGAACGGUGCUUCUUCAUCUCGACAAUCUCUCGUAUCGUUGCUCUCAACAGCUGAUGCCGACGAGGACGAGCUGCUGCGCAGCGAUGAGCUGUCACCUCUUGUCGGCCACAGCGCGGUACUGGGAGGCAGGAAAAGCGUCACGCCUAUCAGGAGGAGCUGGAAGCCUAGCAUUCUCACCACAGAGGUGUAUCGUACGCCACUCAGAAAGAAAGGGAAACGAGACCGCGUGCCUACCAGCAUAGCGCAGGAUCCCAGUAAUGGGAACAAAACCUGUGGCGUGGACGGGUAUCGAUGCGAGGCAGACUUCUGCUUCACGUGCUUACAGUAAAGCAAACAACAUAUAAUAUACAUAAGCUGUCAAUUCGGCAUCAAGAGGAUG